CUGUGCGAGCCUCCUCUGGAUGCUGUCGGCCCACCCGCACCGUCUCACAAAAUGACGAGUCUGGAGCCGCUCAAAACGGUCAUUUCCAUCGGGAACGUGGACGACACGUCUCUGGCUCUGCCCUCUGGGAACCAGUACGGAUCAGGCCAGCAGCGCGUCCUGGAGCAAGUGCAGAGUAUCAGGAGGACCAAGUCGAGACAGUCCAGCAGCAGCAGGACUGGAUCCUCGUCUUUAUCUCCAACAUCUCCACACACGUACCCCAUAGCUCCUUCACAUGACUCCGUGUUCAUAGAAGCUCCAAAGUCACAGUCCAGCAUAUCUAAUGGAGGCGCCUUCUUUGGGAACGGCUUCGCUAGAACUCUCCAGUUUGAGAAAAACAACCGGCAACUAGUCAACAACUACGUGGGAUCCACUGUGAAGAGGAACACAGGAGCUUCUACCUAUCAGUAUGAGAGGGGUUACGCCCCCCUGGGCUCCAAGGCAGUCAGUCCAAACAACACCAGCCGCAGCGAGCCGGAUAUGGCCUGGCAGCGCUCCAUGCCAAAACGCUCUGCUCCUCCGCGGGGAUUCCUCGCCAACAGGAACACCUACAGAGUGGAGAGGACCAAAAGUCAGUUGAUAACAAGCACUGCACCCCAGCCCCCGCCUCAGCUUCAGCGUAACCACACUGUGAAUGGCACAGGUCAGGCCAGAACAAAAAGCCAGUUUGUGUGCAGCCAAGCUGAGGUGACCAAAACACUGUCAAAGCCUCCUGCUGUUACUGAGAGCGCUCCGAAGAGCAAAGGAGAUUUUGGGUCAAAUGACAACAGUGGAUUUGCUGACAUCACCAUGAAGGAGGCUGUGGAUUAUCUUUCCAGGGUGGAUGAGACAUACCAGCACUGCGGCGCGUCCUACAUACAGCACAACACUUUCAUUGACGACAAGGCCAAAGAGGAGGUGUUGAAGUUCAAUGGGAUCCAACCAUUGGUGGGUCUGCUGCGCAGCCCCAGUCAGCAAGUCAGCCAGACAGCUUCAGCUGCCCUGCGUAACCUGUCCUUUAAAAGCAACAGUAACAAGGAGGAGAUACAUCGCUGUGGCGGUGUCACGGACGCUGUGGCUCUGCUCAGAGAUACAGACUCUGUGGAGAUACAGAAACAGCUGACAGGUCUUCUGUGGAAUUUGUCCUCUGCAGACAGCCUGAAACCAGACCUGCUGAAGAGUGCUCUGCCUGUCUUAAUGGAGCGUGUGAUCCUGCCUUACACAACAGGUACUGACCGGACCAGCAAGAUCAGCCAAGACCCUGAGGUCUUCUUCAAUGCCACAGGAUUCCUACGAAACCUAAGCAGCACGAAGCAAAGCAACAGACAGGCGAUGAGGAAAUGUCGAGGACUGGUCGACUCUUUGGUCAGUUACGUUAAAGACUGUGUGGAUGCAGGAAAGCCAGACGAUAAGUCUGUAGAAAACUGUGUGUGCGUCCUGCACAACCUGACGUUCCAGCUGGAGAACGAGGCUCCGGCUCUCUUCAACAGGAUCACAGCUUUGGCCAAGACUGUCAACAGGACCCCCAGCCAGGGCGACAUCGGCCCCAUCGGCUGCUUCAGUCCACAAGGCAAAGCGUCAGAUAACAUGCAACACUUUGACUUUCCAGUCGUUGAAGAUCCACAACCUACUGGGGCUGGUCAGCUGAUCCACUCCAAAACUCUGCAGAAUUACCUGUCUUUGCUCGCCACUAGCCAGCGAGAAGAAACACAGGAAGCGUGUUGUGGAGCCCUGCAGAACCUCACAGCACAUGAAAGCAUUGUCUCUGGUGUAAUGAGUCAGAAUAUUGUGCAGAAGCUGAAUGGCCUGCAAGUGAUCACUCCACUUUUAAAAUCAGACAAAGUGAACCUGCAGAGGAGCGUAGUGGCGUUGGUAGGAAACCUGACGAGAAACCCGAACCUGCAUAAUGCCAUUGCUCGUAAAGCCAUACCAGAGCUGCUGGACAUCCUCACUGCAGGCACUAAGGGAGGGAAUGAGUCUGAUGACAUACUGGCCAUGGCCUGUCAGACCUCCAACUGCCUGCUCAUGAAGGAACAAGCGAUGGGCAAAUUCCUCAUAAAAUAUGAUCUGAUAAAGUCCCUGAAAGAGCUCAGCCAGAACGGAUAUUUCCCCAAAUCCAGCAAAGCUGCGGCGCUGCUCCUCUACAACCUGUGGUCAGACAAAGAGAUUCAAACCUUCCUGAAAAAGAAAGGGAUGAGCAAGGCCUCGUUUGUGAAUGACGUCACCACAGCGGCACACAAGUCGGCUCAAGUUGUCGAUUAAGGACACAGCUUAGAUGAAUCUCUGUGAAUUAUUUAGCAACUCACCUGCACGUCCUCUGCGCGUCCACUGAGGCUGAGCAGCAUCCUUUCUCAUUUCACAAAGACUUACAGAUUGUUUUAAUACGUGUAUCCAUAUAAUGUUUCUAUCAACUUACAGUGGCCCUGUGUAUGCUGUAAGGUUUUCUUUGUAGGAACAAAAAGGUGAAGGUUAAGAUGUAACACGUUAGCAAGCAGCUGUCAUUGUUUACUUCUCUAGUUUUAACUGCUUUUAAAUGUCUUUUAAAGGGACAGUUCACCCCCUUUUCAAAAAUGUUUCCUCUUAGCUGUCAUGCUAUUUAGCAAGCUAGAUUGUUUUGGUGUGAGCUGCAGAGUUUAUCGGCCGUAGAGAUGUCGGCCUUCUCUUAAAUAUAACAG